UGAUUCACUCUUCGAAUAACAAGUAGAAAUAAAGAAGCUUCUUCCUUUUGCACUUCGACGGCGUCGUUUCGAGCUAGGGUUUCGAGCUAGUAACUGCAAAAAUGUCGGGAAGCUCUAAUUCCACCGUUUACAUAGGAAAUUUGGAUGAGCGGGUGAGUGAUAGGGUGCUGUAUGAUAUUCUGAUCCAAGCAGGGCGGGUGGUUGAUUUGUACAUUCCUCGUGACAAGGAAACCGAAAAACCGAAAGGUUAUGCCUUCGCAGAAUACGAAACCGAGGAGAUUGCUGAUUAUGCUGUGAAGCUUUUCUCUGGUCUGGUCACUCUCUACAAUAGGACUCUUAAGUUUGCGAUUUCAGGUCAAGACAAGCUUAAUACGCCCCCUGGAAUUUCUCCCACAUCAAAUGCUCCUCACAAACCGAGAUCUAAUCCCAUACCAAUUAAUGAAACGGAAAGGACGUUGGCAUCUUCCAGAUUUUCAUCUCACCCAUUAAAUCAUUCCCAAGCGCCUCCUCCUCCUGGUGUAAAUAUUCAUUCUAAUGGAUACGGAUCACCUUAUGAUGGUAAAAAUUUUGAAUAUAGUCGGCGGGUUUUUGGGGCAACAUUGGAUAGCAUCGGCCGUUCUAGGUCACGACGCUAUGAUACAAGCGAUCCAAUUUCAUACCCUCCUUACUAACGCUUCUUUGACGUUGUUGGGGACCAAAUUCUCACCUUGAACUCCUCUUAGUGAUUAUUUCAAGUGGUAUACCUGCUUGGGUGUACAAGAGAGACUAAAAAUACUGAUUGUUGCGAGUCACAAGCUAGUUUGUCAUGUUGGAUGCUGUUUUUGGUCGUCUGCCCAUGUAUGUAUGCAUAGUUUGUUGUACUUCCAGGAUCUAACUUCUUUCUGUACUAGUUCAGAGUGCUUGUAAAAAGUACUUUUAAAUUCAGAUAAAGUUACUUAUCAAUUGCCCUUUACUUUGUCCUUGUGCUUGCCAUUAUUGAUGCUUAUGCAUAACCGUACACAAAACCAUAAAUAAACGAUGACUUGAUCAUUAAAGUUGUGAAUGUGAUGUAUAUGAUUGUUUUGAAGAA